GCGAGCGCCUCUUCUGUCCUCCCGCCGCCGUCUUUAAUCGCAAUCGCUCUGCGGAAGAGAUCGCCGCUCCGGUAGCGAUUUACUGGACCUUAUUAUGGAUUUUCUUCCCCAAAGAGUUUAGUCGAAAACGGAAGGAGAAACGUCACGAAGGACAAAAUAAUGUCGCACAAAUGUGGAUGUUUACCUUUUUUGGAUGGCGGUUCACGUCUGUGAGGGUUAAAAGUGUUCUUAACGCGGGACUUCCGAUUGAUUCCAGGCCCGUAAACGCAUCAUGACCACAGCCAGAAGGCUCCAAAGAGAGAGUGCAACAUCCCAGCUGCCCCUGGUGGUACCCACUAGAGUUGGAGGAGAGCAAGAAGAAGAGAGGGGAUGAGUAAAGGGUCACUCCAGGGGGACGCUCAGGUGUGAUUCUCAACCCCGCCGCUGUCGCCGUGGCAACCUGACAACCGGCCCAGUGGGUCCGCAGCCUCGGAUGUGACUGAGCUGUCAACGUUUCUUCGCCGGGAAGCAACCCCCCAUCAUUUUUGGCUGCAUGGACGCGCCGUCAAAGUCGUGGCUGCCGCAUCAGGGUCAGUUUGGGUUAGGUGGUCAAGUGGAAGUGUGCUGUGGUGGAUCCGGCGUUUUAACCCCAAACCAAUCACGGAGGGCAAGUUUUGCCUCUGUGCGACAGUCAAGCAUGGAAACGCCUCCCAACACCACCCCACAGUCCUUCAGACAGCCAAGUUUCCUCAAUCGAAGGCUGAAGGGCUCCAUCAAGAGGGCCAAAAGCCAGCCCAAACUGGACCGGACGAGCAGUUUCCGACAGAUGAUUUUGCCUCGGUUCCGUAGCGCCGAUCAAGAAAGGACACGCUUGAUGCAGAGUUUCAAAGAAUCCCACUCCCACGAGUCGCUGCUUUCUCCCAGCAGUGCUGCCGAGGCUUUGGACUUGGUGCUGGACGAAGACGCCGUCAUUAAACCCGUCCAUUCUAGCAUUUUAGGGCAAGAGUAUUGCUUUGAGGUUACAACUAAUUCAGGGACAAAAUGUUUUGCCUGCCGUUCCGCUUCGGAGAGGGACAAGUGGAUUGAAAACCUGCAAAGAGCUGUCAAACCCAACAAGGACAACAGCAGGCGAGUGGAAAAUGUGCUCAAGUUAUGGAUCAUUGAAGCCCGGGACUUGCCAACGAAGAAGCGCUACUACUGUGAGCUGUGUCUGGACGACAUGCUAUAUGCCCGCACCACCAGCAAACCUCGCACGGACACCGUCUUCUGGGGCGAGCAUUUCGAGUUCAACAACCUGCCCACCAUUCGUAGCCUUCGCUUGCACCUCUAUAAGGAGACGGACAAAAAACGACGCAAGGAGAAAAGCACAUACAUCGGCCUUGUCAGCAUCCCCAUCUCCAGCAUCACAGGCCGUCAAUUUGUAGAACAGUGGUAUCCCGUCAUCCAGUCCAGCGUUUUAGCCAAAAGCGGCGGUGUCGGGAGUGGCAAAAUUAUCAACGCCUCACUUCGUGUCAAAUCCCGCUACCAAACCAUGAACAUCCUCCCCAUGGAGCUGUACAAGGAGUUCGCUGAGUACAUCACCAACAACUACCGAACACUGUGCGCAGUUCUGGAGCCGCUGUUGAGCGUGAAAAGCAAAGAGGAAGUGGCGUUUGCCUUGGUGCACAUCCUCCAAAGCACUGGGAAAACCAAGGAGUUUCUCUCUGACAUGGCGAUGUGUGAAGUGGAUCGAUUCAUGGAGCGCGAGCACAUGAUUUUCCGGGAGAAUACACUGGCUACAAAAGCUGUGGAGGAAUACCUCAAGCUUAUUGGGCACCGAUACCUCAAGGAGGGAAUAGGUGACUUCAUCCGUGCAUUAUACGAAUCAGAGGAAAACUGCGAGGUGGACCCCAUGCGAGUCCCGCCCUCGGUGCUGGCUGACCACCAAGCUAACCUUCGGAUGUGCUGUGAGCUCCUACUCUGCAAGAUCAUCAACUCCCUCUGCAUUUUCCCCCGUGAGCUGAAGGAGGUGUUCGCAUCAUGGCGGGCCCGGUGUGCAGAACGCGGCAGAGAGGAUCUGGCCGACAGCCUCAUCAGCUCCUCGCUGUUCCUCCGUUUCAUGUGUCCGGCAAUCAUGUCACCUUCGCUUUUCAACCUGACUCAAGAAUAUCCAGCAGAACGCACCUCGCGGACUCUUACACUUAUUGCCAAGGUCAUGCAGAACUUGGCCAGCUUCAGCAAGUUUGGACCUAAGGAGGAAUAUUUGUACUUUAUGAAUGAAUUCCUGGAAAUGGAGUGGGGCUCCAUGCAGCAGUUCCUCUACGAAAUCUCCAACAUGGACGCCGGAGGGAACGCCGGAGGUUUCGAGGGCUACAUCGACCUCGGCAGGGAGCUGUCCAUGCUUCACAGUCUGCUGUGGGAGGUCAUGGGGCAGCUUAGCAAGGACGCCAUUCUCAAACUGGGUCCGCUACCUCGGCUGCUGAAUGACAUCAGCGUGGCCCUGCGCAACCCCCAGCUGCACGCCGUCACCAACCACCAGCCCGAGCGGCCCAAGGACAGACUCUUCUCUCGGCCCACGUUCAAUCGCCUCAUGUCCUCCGACUUCCAGAGCUUGAUGAUGCGCGACUUAAACAGUUCCAUAGACAUCUCCCGCCUGCCGUCGCCGCCCACCGUUUCGGCCGUCGAGUCCCUGUCGUCCAACCUCAACAUGAGGCGUCAGGCCGAACGAGACCUGCGCUCAUCCCGUGAAGUGUUUUACGUGACUCGACCCCCGCUGGCUCGAUCCAGUCCGGCUUACUGCACCAGCAGUUCGGACAUCACGGAACCCGAUCCUAAGGUUCACAGUGUGAACAAAAGCGUGUCAAUGAUGGACCUCCAAGACUCGCGCAUGAACAGCAUCUCCAACCUGAACUCUGUUGGGGACAUGUUAACCUCCUCCCAGGCCUCCAUCGCCGGCUUGGGCCACAGCUUUAGCAACUUGGGCGGCCCCCUCCGCAUGGGUGGCUCCGGCCUGAGGCUGAGCCAGAUGGGCCACAUCGGCGGCCCCACCGAAUCCAUCUCCCAGCAGCAACAGCAGGCAGCGGCGGCCAUGAACUACCCGCUGUCUUUCCAGAAUCCUCUCUUCCACCUGGCGGCGCAGAACUCGCCGGCUCAUCCUCCGCCGCCGCCCCUCCUGCUGGCACCGGAACCGGAGAACGGCCACCACGACUACACGCCGGCAUUCGGCAAUAACGUCUUCUCCCGCAGUGAAGAUUUAUCGGCGCUACGGUCUCAGAACAGCCUGGUUCAGCCUAGCAUCGUCCACUCGCAUAGCUAUAGCGACGACUUUGCCCGGCAGAACCAGAACGACUUUGUCUGGCACCAGCUCUCUCUCCAAGUGCAGGAGUCCCUCCAGCAGCAGCACAUGAUGGGCGUGGCUUCUCAGACGGCCACCGGAACAGGCACGCCCGCCUCCUUGGCCACGCCUCCUACGACCGUUCACCCCGUGCGCCAGUCCUCCAUCGCUCCUCAGCUCCUCAAGUCCCAACGCUCCAUCAACAACCCGGCGACUGCUACGCCACCCAAGGCCCGACCCCAAAGCAGGAACCUCCUACUGGAAUCCACUGACACCAACUUCAUUCAGGCUAAACAGCGGCAAACGCAACCGCAACAACAACAGCAACCUACGCAAACUCAGCAGCAAGAGACUACGACGGACAGUCCGGCUCCUGGUUUGCCGUUUCAGACAGGAGCCUCCAAGGAGAAUCAGAAUCCGUCCUCCGUCGCUACCGCCGCGGCCGAGGACUCGACGGACACGCCAACCAAAAGCGGGAAAAAGUCACAACAGCUGCAGCCUCCACAACAACAUCUGCUGAAGCCACUGGGCAACAAGCAGGGCUCUCAGUCCAACUUAAAUGAACGCACCGUAGCUUGGGUGUCUAACAUGCCUCAUCUUUCCGCUGACAUUGAGAGCCUGCGCCCUGACCGCGAGGGCCAGCUCAAGGAGUACUCCAAAAGCAUGGACGAAUCCCGUCUGGAGAGGGUGAGAGAGUAUGAGGAGGAGAUCCACUCUCUGAAGGAGCGUCUGAAAAUGUCCCAUCGCAAGCUGGAGGAGUACGAGCAGCGGCUAGCGUCGCAGGAGCAGCAAACCAGCAAGAUUCUUCAGCAGUACCAGUGCCGCCUUGAGGACAGCGAGCGCCGUCUCAAGCAGCAACAAGUGGAGAAGGACUCUCAAAUCAAAGGCAUCAUUAACAGACUCAUGGCUGUGGAAGAUGAGCUGAGAGGGGGCGCCAUUCCUGAUAUUAAGCCUCGAAUCCUCACAGACCAGUCUAUCAGCCAGGGGUAUGGGGGCCUCCCAGGAUCCUGACUGCCACUACGAAAGCGACCAGGAUCCGUGAUGGUCAUCCAAGUGUGAGCGCAAAACCGCCCCAGACAGACUCCACUUGAAGAUCUGCUUGCCAGUCAAGUAGGACCACACACAUUAAGGCUCCUAGUCGCUUCAAAACUUUUCAAAGAACUUUUGACAAUCACUUGAAGGGGACACCAAUUUGUACAAAGACUCCAACUUGAGCUAACAUUCCAUGUUUUUUGAGCUAAACCUACGCGGGGAUGAAGACUCGGGGGGGAAUCUGGUUACAAGCAGCACUUGAAAAUGUAGAAGCACACAAAAACAGGAAUUAGGUGGGUAGGAUUUUUAUUUAUUUACACUACUGACACAAAAAAUGCUUUCAUGUGACAUAUUAGGAUUUCAGUAUGAGCCUGUACAGGUCAGAGUGCAUUAACGCUCAUCCUGAAAUUUCCACUGAAAGCCCAAUAAUAACAUUUUUUGUGAGUAGUGCAUGAUUAUCAGUGGUUCAGAUUUUUUUUGCAUCCCUUUACCGCACAUUUUACUUUUAUGUUGUGCUGGAUUGAAGGAAGGCCUCUGUAAAAAUGCAACUUCAUUUUGCUCGUUUAUCAUUUUUUAAUUUUAAACAAACCAAAAAAAUUUAAAUUUCCUGUCUGCUUCCUUUUUUGGCUCCAAUACUGCCUCUACAGGCUUGCUGGCCCAACUUCUAUCCACCACUACUACGCAUCAGCGCUGUUUAUUACAGAGUAAUAAAAUAAGUGUGAAAAUACCAGCUAUCGUGGACCAUGUGUCCAGUAUAACAACCCGCCAAAGUACAUACAGUACAUGUAAAUAUAACAAUCAACUUGACUUGAAGAUGAAAUAUUAGUUCUGUAUAGCACUUAACGACUAGAGAUCGUAAAACUAAAAUUGUUCAACAGUAUAAAUAGUUUAUUUGGAUGGAAAUCCUCGUCUUUCAAUGACUAUAAAUACCGUACUUCCUCAAGUAGAAAAUGAACACCUGCCUCAAGGAAACACUGGUUGGUUGCACGCAGUUUAAAGCCUGUUGCUAACCAAAACAGCAGAACUUACUAAACAGUCUAUGUGUAUUUUAAACAGUAUUAGUAAUGCAGUAAACUAAAAUUUCAUGAAAAAUAUAUUUAGAAGUCUAUUUGUGGAAAUACGGUAAGCAAGGAAGAAAUAUCUGCUUCCAGGAUGUUAACAUAGAUAAUUGUCACCAUUGUCUAUGGACUUUAUUUCUAUAUUUUUUUGCAAUACUGUUCCUCUAAAACCUAUACUGACUCAUCUGCUGGUGAAUUAUCAAUGUGCAUGUGCUUUUUAAAACGCGAGGAUUAGUAAGCUAUAUAUUAUGAUGUUCAUUUUUCCAAACAAGAUUUCCUGCCUUUUUGGCAUUAUACACCGUGAAGGACGGAACGGUGAAGACAACUAGGGUAAAUGGAUGCAGGGUAAUAAGAUAUACAGCAACAACCCCAACAGGAGAACAGGUGUAACAUUUGUAUAUUAAGCGUCUCUUUUGUAGUCGGGUUAUGAAUUAAUACUGUGUUGUACCUAUGAGUCAUUUCUAUUACAAAGUUGAUGAAUUGCUCUUUUAACCUCUUGCCUUUAAAACGUUUUCUUUCAACAUGAAUAGCAUCUAUACAAAGGUUUUUAUGUUUGUAACAGAAACGUACAUAAAUGGACAUUAGUAUUCAAAUGCACAUUAAGUGAUACUACUAUAAAGGCAUUUUUAUGAAUUACAUAGUUUGAUGUAGGCCUGGCUCCUAAACUGGCGAGUGUAUUAUCUAAUAUCUAUUCUUAUAUGUAUUCAAGUAAUCAAAGGCAGUCAGGCAUGGACAUGUUGUACAAACGUAAACAGAUUCUCUACUGUAAAGUAUUAUGAUAAAACUCUUCAGAGCUAUAUUCUGUAGAGAGAGGUAUUCAUACAAUAAUGAUUUGCUGUUUUAAAAUAUAUAUGUUUAUUUUUUUGCUAUUAUGGUAUUGUUUUUAUUCUCCUGUGGGGCAAAAUACAAAGAGGAAAUAUGAAAGUGAAUUUUUGGACCUUAGGGGCUUACUUUAUGCUAAUGUAAUUUAGUUGUUUUUUUUUGUGUUUUUUUUAAACAACAACAUGGUUUUAUUCAUUAUUUUAAAACAUUACUUUGAUUUAACUUUUAACUAACAUUUUUUUUUGGGUGUGUACUUUUGGGGAAAAUACCCAUUUAAACAAUUUCAAAUAGACUUUUAUUUAAUUGUUUGAAUGUUAUUUUGACUAUUUAAAAAAAAAAAAACGACUUUCAUUUGAAUGACAUAUUUUGCUCAUGUGUUUUAAAGCAACACUUGGUAACUGUUCAGUUAUGGUUGAUUUUAGCGACGCCGGUGGGAAAAAUGCGGUAGUGUUUUGCCUUAAGGAAGACUGCAUUUCCCAUGAGGACUAGCGCUGCGUUUCGUAUUGUGUCGUAAAAUCAUGAUGGUCACCUGCUGAUGGAUUAAACAAGAUUUCUGUUUCCAGCUGCUGUGUCAAGGAUGAAAAGUCAUAAGGUAAUGAAUCCAGUUGUGGCUAAACAAUAGCAUAUGACGGUUAGCAACCGUGUGGCUUAAUGUGGCUAACCCCCACACCCCACUCGAAUUCGUCAGCGCUCAGGGUGGAGUGAAUGCAGGGCCAAUGCUUAUUCUGUAUAUCUUGGUAGCCUCCCUUUCUUUUUCCUGUCUCUGUUGCUCUGCAAUAUUUGCGGAAUUCGCUCAAAAGCGUGAGUAUCGACUUUUUUCUUUAUACAGUGCUAGCCAAAAGUAUUGGCACCCUUGCAAUUCUGUCAAAUAAUGUUCAAUUUCUCCCAGGAAUUGAUUGCGAUUACAAAUGCUUAGGUAGUAACAUCUUCAGUUGUUUUGCUCCCAAUGAAAAAACACAAGAGAGAAUUAAAAAAAAAAAAAAAAAAAAAUCAUUAUCAUUUUACACAAAACUCCAAAAUUGGGCUGGACAAAAGUAUUGGCACCCUUUGAAAAAUCAUGUGAUACUACUCCAAUUUUUGUAAUUAACAGCACCUGUUACUUAUCUGUGGCACAUAACAAGUGGUGGCAAUAACUAAAUCACACUUGCAGCCAGUUAACAUGGAUUAAAGUUGACUCAACCUCUGUCCUGUGUCCUUCUGUGUACCACAUUGAGCAUGGAGAAAAGAAAGAAGACCAAAGAACUGUCUGAGGACUUCAGAAGCAAAAUUAUGAGGAAGCAUGGGCAAUCUCAAGGCUAAAAGUCCAUCUCCAAAGACCUGAAUGUUACUGUGUCUACCGUGCGCAGUGUCAUCAAUAAGUGUAAAGCCCAUGGCACUAUGGCUAACCUCCCUUGAUGUGGACGGAAAAGAAAAAUUGACGAGACAUUUCAACGAAAGAUUGUGCGGAUGGUGGAAAAAUAACCUCGACUAACAUCCAAACAAAUUCAAGCUGUCCAGCAGUCCAAGGGUACAACAGUGUCAACCCGUACUAUCCGUCGGCAUCCUGACUGAAACGGGACUCCAUGGUAGGAUACCCAGGAAGACCCCACUUCCAACCCAGAGACAUACAAAAGCCAGGUUGGAGUUUGCCAAAACAUACCUGAGACAGCCAAAAACGCUUUGGAAGAAUGUUCUCUGGUCAGAUGAGACAAAAGUAGAGCUUUUUGGGAAAAGGCAUCAAAAUAGAGCUUACAGGACAAAAAUUAAGCCUUCAAAGAAAAGAACACGGUCCCCACAGUCGAACAUGGAGGAUCUUCCCUGAUGUUUUGGGGUUGCUUUGCAGCCUCUGGGACUGGAGUGCUUGACCAUGAGCUUGGCAUUAUGAAGUCUGACUACGAACAAAUUUUGCAGCAUAAUGUAGGGCCCAGUGUGAGAAAGCUGGGUCUCCCUCAGAGGUCAUGGGUCUUCCAGCAGGCCAAUGACCCAAAACACACUUCAAAAAGCACUAGAAAAUGAUUUAAGUGAAAGCACUGGAGACUUCUAAAGUGGCCAGCAAUGAGUCCAGACCUGAAUCCCAUAGAACACCUGUGGAGAGAUCUAGAAAUAGCAGUUUGGAGAUGGCACCCUUCAAUUCUCAUAGACCUGGAGCAGUUUGCCAAAGAAGAAUGGUCUAAAAUUCCAGCAGAGCAUUGCAAGAAACUCAUUGAUAGAUACCGGAAGCGGUUGUUCGCAGUUGUUUUGUCUAAAGGUUGUGCUACCAAGUAUUAGGCUGAGGGUGCCAAUACUUUUGUCCGGCCUAUUUUUGGAGUUUUGUGUAAAAUGUAGGGCUGUCAAACGAUUAAAAUUUUUAAUCGAGUUAAUUACAGCUUAAAAAUUAAUUAAUCGUAAUUAAUCGCAAUUCAAACCAUCUAUAAAAUUUGCCAUAUUUUUCUGUAAAUUAUUGUUGGAAUGGAAAGGUAAGACACAAGAUGGAUAUAUACAUUCAACAUACGGUACAUAAGGACUGUGUUUAUUAUAACAAUAAAUCAACAAGAUGGCAUUAACAUUAACAUUCUGUUAAAGCGAUCCAUGGAUAGAAAGACUUGUAUUUCUUAAAAGAAAAAUGUUAGUACAAGUUAUAGAAAUUAUAUAUUAAAACCCCUCUUAAUGUUUUUGUUUUAAUAAAAUUUGUAAAAUUUUCAAUCAAAAAAUAAACUAGUAGCCCGCCAUUGUUGAUGUCAAUAAUUACUUACACAAUGCUCAUGGGUGCUGAAGCCUAUAAAAUCAGUCGCACCCAAGCGCCAGCAGAGGGCGGUAAAACUCCAUAAAACACAAGUGAGCAUUUCACUGUACUGUCAUUUAAAUCUGUCUGAGCGGGCAUGUGCGUUAAUUGCGUCAAAUAUUUUAACAUGAUUAAUUUAAAAAAUAUUAACGCCCGUUAACGCGAUAAUUUUGACAGCCCUAGUAAAAUAAUUAUUUAAUGUUUUUUUUUUCAUUCUAUUUUGUGUUUUUUUCAUUGCAAGCAAAAUAAAUGAAGAUAUUACUAUCAAACAUUUGUAAUUGCAAUCAUUUUCUGGGAGAAAUUGAGCAUUAUCUGAUAGAAUUGCAGGGGUGCCAAUACUUUUGGCCAGCAGUGUAUGCCGUGCAUGAAGCAGUCAGCACAUUUGUAUUUUUUUUUUUUUGUGUAGCAGAGUUGCUACCAUCAUUCAACUAGUUGUCAGUCGACAUAUCACAAAUGGUAUGAAAAUAAAUUGAAAAGUCACCUGGUGUUGCUUUAAAUUUGAUUUUAAAAAUUCUGUUUCAUUAGAUUUGUAUUAUCUUUUCAGAAUGAUAUUUUAAGUUUGUAAAAUUGUAAUUUCAUGUAUAUCCCUCGUCCUCCCCUCGGGUCUAGCAACAGCCAGUCAGGAAGUGACCUGACCAAAAAUGUAAUAAUCAAUGCCCUGAGAUUCCCCAUGUACUCAGAAAUACAUAUUUAAAGGUUUCAAAACUUACAUGUCGCUGCUCUUACACUAGGCUGUCAGAUAAGUAAACCUAAGCCUAGCUGCUUCUUUUCUUCUUCUAUUUUUGAAUUUUUAAAAAUAUUUUUUGACACCUUAAUGUCUUGCACAGGCCAAUCCAGGAAAAUACCAUUCUAAUAUUUGAAAAGAAAUGUACAAGGUAUAAUUUAAUAAUCUGCAAGUGUUCUUCAACUUCUUAUCAACAAAACUACCGUUGUUUUACUUUUCUGUUAUCCUUUUUGGGCAAGUUCCAUUAACAUGUUAAUCAGAGUGUGUUUACAAGUUUUUGGUCAGACUUUCAGAUGUUCAGUGUGGAACACAAGAGAUAAUCUUUAAUUUCUCUGCUGUCAAAAAGCACAAAAAAUGUAUUGAAAGCAUAAUCUUUUAGGAAUAAUAAAUUAAGCACUUUUAUCGUAACAUUUUAUUUAUAUGGAAAAAUUUUCUUUUGGUAGAAAAAAAUUGUCUGAAACAUGACACAAUAUAUUUAUGUGCCAUCUGGCUGACACCUCAUAAAGCACAUGAAAUAUUCUGUAUUUUUUAAAUUAUAAUUGAGUAUGACAUAUUUAUGUUUUUAAAAAUGGAUGUAUAGAGUAUUUAUUUCUUGGCAGCUAAUUAUUCUGCACUAUUGACUUAGUGUGCUACAGAUGCUCUAACUUUUUUUUUCUUUUCUUGGGCCUCCUGGAUGUAACGUGUUCAUUAACUUGACAUUUGCUUUAAAACAAGCCAUGCCCCCCAUUGAUAAAAGCCAUAUCCUCCCCCCGAUGUUGUAUGGUGGAUGUUCGAUGUAUGAACAUUUUUUCUUUUUUUUUUUUUUUUUUAAUUUUAGUUAAUAACAGUAAUUGUUGUAGGAAUGAUUGCGCUUGUAAUUAUGAUAAUCGGUGUACGUGGGUUGAUACGAUUUGUUUGAAACUUAAAAGGAAUGUAUUUAAAGGUUUGAGUGAUUUAAAUAAAGUAACAUUCAAA